GUCCAGGAGUUGAAGCCUGAUUGCACUGAAAGAAAAAGAGGGCCCACAAAACUGAAGAAAAUUGAAAAAAAAGAAGAGAAGCCGAAGAAGAAGAACAGAACCAUGGCAAUUAAUGUAAUGAGUGCGUUAACGGUAACUCGGUUACUGACUCGGAACCAACUCGCCGGCAAUGAAGGAAUACCAUUCGGAUCAGUGUGGUGGUUCGUGUAUGCCGGAAUUUCAUGUUUCCUUGUCAUAUUCGCCGGAAUCAUGUCAGGUUUAACCCUAGGUCUCAUGUCUCUCGGCCUCGUUGAUCUCGAGAUUCUUCAGCGUAGUGGUUCUCCCUCCGAGAAAAAGCAAGCAGCGGUUAUACUUCCGGUCGUUCAAAAACAGCACCAGCUUCUGGUGACUCUGCUUUUGUGUAAUGCUGCUGCUAUGGAGGCACUUCCAAUAUACCUAGACAAACUGUUCAAUCAGUUUGUUGCUAUCAUUCUCUCUGUGACUUUCGUUCUGUUUUUUGGGGAGGUUAUUCCUCAAGCAAUUUGUAGUAGAUAUGGCCUUGCUGUAGGUGCCAACUUUGUAUGGCUUGUACGAAUUUUAAUGAUAAUCUGUUAUCCAGUUGCUUAUCCUGUUGGAAAGGUUCUAGAUCGGCUAUUAGGACACAAUGAGGCACUGUUUAGGCGAGCCCAAUUAAAAGCUCUUGUCUCCAUCCAUAGUAAGGAGGCUGGUAAAGGUGGCGAGCUUACGCACGAUGAGACAACAAUUAUUAGCGGAGCUCUAGAUUUGACUGAAAAGACUGCUGUAGAGGCUAUGACUCCUAUUGAAUCAACUUUUUCUUUGGAUGUUAAUUCAAAAUUCGACUGGGAGGCAAUGGGGAAAAUUCUUGCUCGUGGGCAUAGCCGUGUUCCUGUCUAUUCAGGAAAUCCAAAAAACAUUAUUGGGCUUCUACUGGUUAAAAGUCUUCUCACUGUUCGGCCAGAAACAGAGACCCCUGUCAGUGCUGUUUCCAUCCGGAGAAUCCCACGAGUUCCAGCAGAUAUGCCUCUGUAUGAUAUACUGAAUGAGUUCCAAAAAGGCAGCAGUCAUAUGGCUGCUGUUGUGAAGGCUAAGGGAAAAGCAAAGUUGCCUCCACAAACAACGGAUAGAGAGAAAUACGAAGAAAACAAAAGGGUUGGUGAGGAUUCACAAUUGACUAUUCCGUUACUACAAAAACAGGAUGAGGUGACUGAAAGCGUUGUUGUUGACAUUGACAAGUCUUCAAAACCUCCCAGCAUUAAUAAGUUUCCUGCUUUGCAACCUAAUGAUGUCUCAACAAAUGGUUCCUUUACAGAAAAUAUUGAAGAUGGUGAAGUGAUUGGUAUUAUCACUUUAGAAGAUGUAUUUGAAGAACUUCUGCAAGUAAAUUACAGAGGAGAUUGUGGAUGAGACAGAUGAAUAUGUUGAUGUUCAUAAGAGAAUACGUGUGGCUGCAGCUGCUGCUGCUUCCUCAGUAGCACGAGCUCCGUCAAUCCGAAGAUUGACUGGCCAAAAGGGAGCAGUAAGUGAUCAAUAAUUAGUAGACUUUUUAAAAAUAAAUUUGAGUAUCUGUUUCUUGUUGGCCGUAGAUGUGAAUCUUUUUUCUCUGUCGAAGAGGGGGUUAUACGGGGUAUGGGUACUGCAUCUUUAAUUCUCUUUGUCUGCCCUACUUCUUGUGCAAAUGUGGAUAAUGUAGUAAGGGAAUUGCAGUAGAUAUAGAGCACAUGAAUUGAAAUGAUUUAUAUCUUGUUUUAGAUAGUGCAUUUUUUCAAUUGAAAUAUUGCAUCUUAAAAGGACAGAAGAAUUAAUAAGAAUUUAACAGUGUAAUUGGUUUGACGAUGAGAUUAUGGGUAUUUAAAUAAUUAAAUUUGUUUAUGAUAAUUCCGAAUUUAUAUUCCAGAACGACAUUACUGAUUUCUGUCUUAUGUCUUAUGUUUUACACAUUUUUCUUAAAUUUAGUCAAUAAUAACUGUUGAGAUCCUACAUUGCCUAAACUAAUGGCUAAAUUGGUCCUUAAACGCUUGGGAAUCCGCACCCCUUUGAGCUAGCUUUUGAGGUUGAAUUAGGUCUAAAGCUCAAAUUCUUAGAUGAUAGAGUCUAUGUUAGAUCUGUUAUUGGACCACUCAUAUUUGUUCAGGCUCCAGAUAUCCGGUGUUGGGCAUGAGGUUGUAUGUUGAGAUCUCUGUUAUAAUCCUCACCUCUUGAAUUAGCUUUUGGGGCCUGAAGUUUCUAAGAAUAACGUUGUACCUCCUCACUAUGGAUAUGCUUCUUAGACUUGAUAUCUGCUAAUUAUACAUGAAAUGAUGUUCAGAAGAAAUUUGAGUCGAAAAUUUAGUAUUAAUAUGAUGAAACACACUUUUAGUUUGACUAUUGAUGGUCAUAUCUCAUGUCCUUGUAAUUUCAUUUGCAGAAGAAAUAUAAUCUUGUGCAGGUAGCAUAAAUUUGGACUUUACUAAUUAUAUCUGCUUCUCAUUGGUUGAGUGGGAGAUGUUACUAAUGAUCCUAGCUUCAAUAUCUGUGGGAUUAAUUAACUGUCUGUUUUGACUUAAUGAUGUAAUUGAUAUGUGGAUUUUUUGUAGUCAUUUGAUUAUUCAAGUAGCAGGGGAAGUGGAAAUUUUUAAUAUCCUUUUCUAUCUUCGGUUGAAGUGUUUCUUUUAUCAGUGAUGCCUAUGUGGGUAGCAGUAAUUUGCAGAUUUCUCCAAUGAUCCUUUGCAAUUUGGUAACCUGAAGUUAGCUUCUUUAGCCUCAAGAGAUAUCAGAUGGGUCGUGCAUAUCGCAAGCUUUAACUUUUCUUAGCUAGGAAAAUUGUUGUUGGAGAAUGAUUUAAAUUUAGUUGAUUGAAAGUUGUCUGUAAUUCAAGCGUCGAUGAUGCUUAUUUUAAAAAAUAGUAAUAGUUUGUGUCUUGAUUUUAACCAUCCAGGGGGGCCAAAGUAAGCCAGGGUUAAGUACUCUGAAGAAAUCCACCGAGGAAGAUCGAUUGAACACUACAAGGUUACAAUAAUUUUCUUAAUCUUUCCGGAAUAGUUGAGUUUGUUAUAAUGAGGCCAUUAUUGGUACUCUUGUCUAUAUUAUAUUUUAACACCAGUGUGAUAAAGGCCAUCUAUCUCUCUCUCUCUCGCACACACACACUAUGACUUGCCUAUAAAAAAUGAAAUAAAACGGAACAACAACGUGUAUUGUUUUAUUAUAGUGCAAUGUUGUAUGCA